AUGCAGUCAUCGACUGUCGGUCAGGGAUCGGCUCAGAAAGCGGUCGAUGGAAGCACCAGCAGUUUCUAUAACACAAACACCUGUACGAUGACUGAGGCCGAGCGCAACCCUUGGUUUUAUGUAAAUCUUCUGGAGCCCGUUCUCGUCCAGUUGGUGCGAAUAGAUUUCGGUUCAUCAUGCUGCUCCAACAAUAGGCCCGCUGUUAUCACAGUGAGGGUCGGCAACAAUAGGCCAGAUCUGGGCGUUAAUCCGGUUUGUAAUAAAUUCACUGGAUUUCUAGAAGAGGGUCGACCACUCUUUCUUCCCUGCGCUCGUCCAAUGCCGGGCGCUUUCGUCAGCAUAACUCUGGAGUCGGCGGGAAAUCCAUUAUCGAUUUGCGAGACCUUCGUCUACACCGAUCACGCGCUGUCGAUAGAGCAGUGCCCGUCAUUCCGGGAUCAGCCGUUGGGCAGUACCUCAACCUAUAACGGGAAGUGUUAUAUAUUUUACAACAACCAACCGCUCAACUUCGACAGCGCCCGACGUUUCUGCGAAGUCAGGGGCGGAAGUCUUGUGGACGAGACCUCACCCGCUCUGCAAGGGUUCCUCAGUUGGGAACUAUACAGAAGGCAUCGCAACGAUCCCAACGGCCAGUACUGGUUGGGAGCGCUUAGGGAUCCCAAGACACCGGCCAAUUGGAAAUGGAUUAAUGGCAAAGACGUGACGAUUUCAUUUUGGAAUUUACCCGCAAAUAAAGACAACUGUUCCCGAUUUGAUGGCACAAAGGGCUGGCUUUGGUCCGACACUAAUUAUCUGGAGUGCGGUUUCCCGGCCUCUAUAACUAAUGGACAGUAUAUAAUGUCCAACAAUACGCGUUCAUAUCUAAGUUCAGUGAACUACUCGUGCAAAGAGGGCUAUGUAUUGGUUGGUCGCGGACUUCUCACAUGCGAUGUCGACGAGAGAUGGAAUGGACCGCCGCCCAGAUGUGAACCUGUCAUUUGCCCCAACCCUCCCGUUAUUGUCAAUUCUGUGGUCAGAAUUUCAGCCAACAAUACAAUCUUCGGAGCCGUCGCUGAAUAUACUUGCGAUGAAGGCUAUGAACUGAUGGGAGAAUCCCGUAUUGUCUGCAAUGUCGCCGGUUUUUGGGACGGAGAGCCCGGAUAUUGUAGAGACGCGAGACCGGCGUCUACGAGCUCUACUUCAACCACAACUCGUGGGACGACAUCCACUACAACCACAACCCGGAAAACAACGACAACAGCGCAGCCGUCGCGCACAACCCAGACCUGGCCUGUAGUCGAUCGAUCGCAGCCGCCGUCCAGAGGGCCGCAGCUGUCUUUGAUCCCCAUCUCAUCAACUCCUGCGCCCCAAUCGCCGUAUUUGAAUACCAGACGAACUAAUGUGUAUUCAACGAGUAGUAACAGUCCGACCACAACGACGACGACCACCACUACUACAACUCGAAGGCCGACACCGAAGAGUCGAACCACUCGUCCGACAAUCUAUAAGACUCAAGACAACGAAAUAAAUGACAGUCUGUUGCGGCCCAACACGAAGGCGGCGACCGCUCGACUCAAUAUGGGAGGCAUUAUAGCGUUGGCAGUGUUCGGAGGGUUUGUGUUUUUGGCUGCCGUUAUCACUAUAGUUGUGAUUAUAGUCCGGAGAUUGAAGAAUAGUCACAAUGCAUUAGACGCUCAAACGAUCAGCACAUUUGACAGUUCGGGAGAUAAUUCUGGUUUCUAUCACAAGUACGCGUCCGCGUGGUCUCAGUUACAGUCCAAUGGCAUUCAUUCGGCUUCAUAUAAGCCCGGCUUAGCCCGAGUCGAUCCCAAUUUUGAUCACCACAACCACCAGAGGCUCAAUAGGGGUACCAUUAAUGAGGGCUUCCGAGAGGCCAACGAAAUCACACUCAACGCAGACGUCGCCGCUCUUUACUCACGACCCGAUAAACGCUAUAAGAGACCCGAUCCGGACGGUCAGUCCCAUUGGCAACACAACAGGAAAUAUUAAAUUGUGUGAAAAAUAGGCUCUAAAUUGGGUUAUUAUUUAACGGGGAAAUGAUUACUAAAAAAUUGUUAUUUUGAGCACUUUUUUGAUAAUUUUAUUUGAAAUUUAGGUCUAAUUUUUAGUGUUUUUAUUUUUGAUCGCAUUUUUAUCAUUUAUUUUAUUUAUCUUAUUUUGCAAUGAAUUUGAUUUCGAUAUUCCGUUCAUUUGUUUCAUAUCAUACUUAUUAAUGCCAAUCAAACAGUUAUUUCGAUGCCAUCACUAAAUACC